GAGGCCGACUCCUCCUUGCUGGCUCACUGUUGAAACUGAAGGUUGUUCGAAUGGUUUCACAAAGAGUAUUAUGCAUGUGGAAAGCAGUCUAUCUUCUUUCAGAAUGUUAUUCCGUUUAAUCGUGGUUGGACCCAAAGUAUUUUCAGUGGAAAAUUAGGAGCGUUCAAACGCUCAGCGACCACAGGGAUGUUCCGACACCCAGCUUCCUCACUUCAUUAAAGGAAACACCUUAUGCCGCAAAGGCCAUGUCAUUCUAUCGCUCAUACGGCCGGCAACCUUUCAGUGUUUCUCUGAAGAAUCCCUUGUAACUCUGUGGGCGGGGGAAUGGAAAUAAGAAUCAUCAAUUUGCAUACGUGACCUUUUAUGGCCUUGUUUCUUUUCGUAUAGCAAUAUCCUUGCUUUUUGGCCCAGAGAACCUAAAAAGAGAAACUAAGUUCGACAACGCUUCUUAACAAGUUUCCCUGAGUGACAGUGAGCAAGAGAAAAAAGCAGCCUGAGCGAUCUCCUCCUCUAGCUCCUCCACCUCUUGGCCAUUUUCCAGCUAACGCUGGCAACGGGGUUUUGUUUUUGGCUCUCUGGAUGAAGAAGGAACCCACCCUUGCAGCGAACCUGACGGGCUGCCACCAUCAGCAAUGUCUUUACGUGUCUCUACUUCUUUGAGAACACAGGGGUGACAAGGUGCACGUGUAUCCGAGGCAUGUUUUUUUCUCUCUCUCUCCCUGUUUGUUUACACACCAUUAGAAUGACAUUGAUUUAACACGGAGUUGGACAGCGAUCCUUUUUCCGGAGCCAAAGUGGUCGGCAGCUUUCUCAAAUCCGUCCAUACGUGAGACAGAGGGGAACAGAGUGUGGCACUCGAUCACUCUGAGGUUUAACUCAGCGUGGAGGCUGCGCUGGGGGAAGUACUAGGUGCAACGGUGCAAUUCUGCCUGCUGAGAUUUGAUCUGACUUUCCCAUCUCAGCCACUUGAUCGCUCUCACUGCAGAGACGUUUGCUCAGCUAAUAGAGCAGCUCGCUUGAUGCAGAGGAAAGCUGCUGCUCCCCGUAUCCCUGCUCUCUGUAACAGGAUAGCCACAUCGGCGCUGAAUGGACGGAGGGGAGAGAUCUCCGCUGUUCGCGGCGAACUGCAGAAUGUCUAUCUUGAAGUUUAACUGUGAGGAUAUAUGCAAACCUCUGAACUGAAGUGGUUUCGACCCACGGAUGGCAUUUUGCUCUUGCCCUUUGAUUUAGCUGCUUUCAAAAAUGGCUGUUUUGGAGCUCAUCGCCGUCGAGGACAAGAAACCGUGCAGAUUCUAUCGAUUUUAAUAGUGACUUGAGGGAUUGAGAAAGAGAUGAUGAGCGAGAAGACACACUUGCCCUGAUCCCUUAGCUAACUGGGCAGGGCUGAUGUUCGUCUUUAGAGAUCCUGGAAAGUCUUAAAGUUCCCAAGACUUAAUUCCCCAGACUCAUUGAUUUCAGAACGAUGCUCAAUGUUCCUGGAUGAUGGUAUGUACUUCUCUGAGAGAUGUCAGGAUCCUUCUCCAGUGAUUCCAGUACUUGCUGAGGCUAGUUACCCUGAUUUACAAUGGAAAAACUGCUUUUUUAUCUGCUGUUAAUUGGUAUGACAGUGAGGGCACAGGUCUGUCCCAAGCGUUGUAUCUGUCAAAACCUGUCUCCAAACCUUGCAACUCUUUGUGCCAAAAAAGGACUUCUCUUUGUCCCAGCAAACAUUGACAGAAGGACAGUGGAGCUACGUUUAGGAGACAAUUUUAUUACAAUCAUUAAAAGGAAAGACUUUGCUAAUAUGACCAGCCUGGUAGACCUUACAUUGUCAAGGAAUACAAUAAAUUAUGUUGCACCGCAAGCAUUUGCAGACCUGCGCAAUCUGCGGGCCUUACAUUUGAACAGCAACAGACUAACCCAGAUCACAAAUGACAUAUUUAGCGGACUUUCAAACCUUCACCAUUUAGUGGUUAAUAAUAACCAACUAAUUGACAUUUCCUCUGAAGCUUUUAAUGAUAUUUUGUUGUCUCUUGAAGAGUUGGAUGUAUCCUAUAAUAAUUUGAAAUCUAUUCCCUGGGAAGCAGUUCAGAAAAUGGUCAACUUGCAUACAUUCAGCAUGGACCAUAACAUGAUUGAACAAAUUGACGAGGGGACUUUUUCCCAUCUUCACAAGUUGACUCGAUUGGACAUGACAUCUAAUAAAUUGCGGAAGCUACCACCUGAUACCUUGUUUACGAGAGCUCAGGUACUAGCCUACUCAGGACUCCUGAACCCACCAAGUUUUACAUUGAGCUUUGGAGGAAAUCCCUUGCAUUGCAACUGUGAGUUACUCUGGCUGCGCCGUCUUUCACGGGAUGAUGAUCUGGAGACCUGUGCCUCACCUCCACAACUAACAGGUCGUUACUUUUGGUCAAUUCCAGAAGAAGAGUUUAUCUGCGACCAGCCGCUGAUUACUCGCUAUACACACGAGCUCAGAGUUUUAGAAGGUCAACGUGCAACAUUGAAGUGCAAGGCCAUUGGGGAUCCAGACCCCUCCAUACACUGGACUUCACCUGAAGGCAAGCUAAUUUCAAAUUCAACACGGACAGCUUUAUAUAAUAAUGGAACCUUAGACAUCCUUAUAACUACUGUCAAAGAUACAGGCACUUUUACCUGCAUUGCUUCAAAUGCUGCUGGAGAAACCACCGCAGCUGUGGAACUUCAUAUUAUCAAACUCCCACAUUUAGUCAACAGUACAAAUCACAUUCAUGAGCCUGAUCCUGGCUCAUCAGACAUUUCUACUUCGACUAAAUCUGGCUCAAACACUAGUAAUAGUGUUAGUGACACCAAGGCCAAACCAGAAAAGAGGGUGGAAGUUGCUGAAACGUCAUCAUCAUCUGCACUUAUUAAAUUUAAUUUGCAACAUAAUAUCCCUGGCAUUCGUAUGUUCCAGAUUCAGUAUAAUGGUUCUUAUGAUGAUUCACUUGUUUACAGAAUGAUUCCUUCCACAAGCAAAAACUUCCUUGUCACUAACUUGGCUGCAGGAACACAAUAUGACCUGUGUGUCUUAGCAAUCUACGAUGAUGGUAUCACCUCCCUCACAGCUACCAGGGUUGUUGGCUGCAUACAGUUUACCACAGAUGAGGAUUAUGUUCGCUGUCAUUUUAUGCCAUCUCAGUUUCUGGGAGGAACCAUGAUAAUUAUAAUCGGUGGAAUUAUUGUGGCUUCUGUGUUGGUCUUUAUUAUAAUACUAAUGAUUAGAUACAAAGUGUGCAACAAUAAUGACUCACACAAGAUGACAAAAGUCAGUAAUGUCUAUUCUCAGACAAAUGGAGCUCAUUUGCAAAUGUGCAGUGGAAUAAUAACCCACUCAAAUUCUAAAGUCAUCAUGGGUCAUGAAGAGAACACACAGUAUCAUAAAGAUCCCAAAUCACAAUCGUCAGAUUCUACCAUGAGCCAGGAAUGUGUUACCACUACCUCCAUUGUACCACCUGACUGGACUACAGGUGUUACUGCCUCUCAAAAGCUGAAAAGAAAGGCUGGGCCAAAGUCAAGUGUCGAAAGACCAAUGGAAGCUUUCACCAAUGUUGAGACAUCCAAAAAGAAAAGGGAAAAUACUGCAAUUUCACAGAAGCCCUCCUGUGCUCCAAUUUCUCUGAAAGAGACUCCCACAUUUAGACGAGCACACUCUAAGUCCAUUAAGUAUCUCACUCUGCCAACAGAAACAAGCAGAGCUAAACGGAGAUACUCACUCAAUGGAGAUUUAUCAGAGUAUCACUGCUAUACUCAUUCACAAAAGAUUAGCAGCCUGUGGUCAAAAAGAAGCAUGUCAAUGAAUGGAAUGUUAUUACAGUUGGAAAACUCUGAUGCUGAUAGUGGGAAAGCUACUUUCUCAAGUUCUGAGUGGAUAAUGGAAAGCACCGUGUGACAUUUUAAAUAUGUUACAGUGAAGGAACACUGCCUUGUAACAGAUUGGGAAUUCUAUGCUCGUCUUUCAGUUUGAUGGCAUUUCCAGCAAGCUAGGAAUGGGGAACUGGCUCAUGCACGCAAUUCUUUGAUAGAAAUCAACAGACAGCACCGAAAGACCUGAAGGUAAAGCAUGAUUUAGCACCGGUGCCUUAUCCUGCUUUAGGAUUGGCUUUCUGGUUAUGGAGUAUGGGAUAAAUGAGUGAUUUUUUUUCACAGAAGCCUUUGACCAAGGAAAUAUGGUUUCCUGCAUCUUAAAGAAAAAAAAGCCUAUUUAUGGACACCUUAAUAAAUUGAUAUUUUUUAAAAAAUGAGCUGUAUGUUUCUUUUCAGUGACAAUGGUAAAUGCCUUUUGUUUUCAGGCAAUUGCUGUACAGAUAAAACAACUUUGUGUUGUUAUGUUGUGUACAAUAAAGGAUUAAAUAAGUAUAUUCGGCCAGUGUUAGUACAAUGAGUAGCUGUUAUGUGUGCAAGUAGGCAGGGCCUGGAAAUUGUGAUAGCCCUGCCAAGACUAGUAAAGGUACUCCAUCCUGCCAGCUAAGUAAUCUAAAGUGAUUGAACUUCCAUAAUAAGGGUGCCAGCCCUGUAUCAGAAAAAGUAAUGGUUGUGGUAAUGUAAUCUUUGCAUUUAAAUCAAGUAUUCAUAGUCUGACGACCACUCAAAGGAGCCAUUAAAUGAAAAUAUUGCCACUCAAAGGAGCUGCAUUAAGGCCCACUGGUGAAGUGCUUUCAACUGAUCCUAAUGCUAUUUUUGUGAAAUUGUUGUAACACAAAAGGAAAAUGGUAUGCACUAGAAUGUGCAAAGAAUCUAAGAAAAAGAUUUAUUUAAUCCAAUACCAGGCUAAGCAUUAAAACAGAAAGACAUUUUUUUACAAAGCACAUUACAAUAAUGUGAUAUUUGAAGAGACCAACUGUUAAAAUCAUUAUUUACCUGGUACAAAUGAGCAAAUGGAUAGCAUUUCAGAUUAAUGGGCUAGUGUGGUCUGAGCUAAAACCCAGCCAAACCCGAUCACAGUUCUGAGCCAUUUAACUACUGAUAUAAAUUCAAUAGUGUUACUGGAAACUCUGUGCCAAGUUUUUCCUCAAGCAUGGGAUUGUAUUUCUUGUCAAAGAACAUGAUUAUCCGUUUUUCAAGAAAUCCAAAGUCCGAAGCAAGCUGAUAAAAUCUUGGCUGUGCCCCAGACCACAUCUAAUCAACCUUUUUAGUAAAAGUUUUGACCUUGUGUAGUGCUCCCUCCUAUUAUCUGGUAAACAUUUUUAGACUCCUUUUGACAUAUGCAAUUUGUAAAAACAGUAAAGCACACAUUAUCAUGGCUUGACCUAACCUGAUAGAAACAUGCAAGAUAGUCAGUCCAUCCAGGGUUUUACAAGGAGUGUUUUGUUUGGAACCUACAGCAGUAAUGAUGAACCUGGUUUUAUUUUAUCAGGAGGGUUUACCCAAACCUGUCAAAUUCACUCAUUUCAAUAAAAAAAGUAUAAUC